AUGUCUAACAAAGAUGCAAAACGCCUAGGUUUCCCAGACAGCUCUUGUCCGAGUUCCGUAAUAAAGGUGUGGAUUCUUCUAGAGGGUGACCCGGAUCCCGAUAAGUUGGAGGUUAACAUAUCUCAAGUCACAGACUUGGCUGAUUUCAAACGUAUUCUCAAAAACGAAUUCGAACCGUUAAAAAAGAUCAGACCGCAAAAUAUCGUAUUCCUAAAUAAUAAUAACACACCUCUUCCACCGGAUACUUGCUUACAAACUCUGGAAGACAGUACAACUGCUAAAACACCACUUUUUGUUCGUUACCCUCUCUCAAAUGCAAAUAGAAAAUGUAAAAUACCACAUACCAGUGGCUCCUUAAGUUUAUUACGAGAAGAAGUCGUAAAAAGAUUUAAGGAGUUACAGACAGAAGAGUUCUACUUUUUCAAUGAUGAAACAAAAGAUGAGAUUCGGAACGAGUAUUGCUUUAACAUCCUAAUAUCUCAGACCGAACUAAAUGGUAACGACUAUAAUAUUAAGCUAAAAGUCAAAGUCGGGGGUAAAAAGUCUUAUAGCGAUUGGGAACUAAAGGAUGUGUUUAAGGAGAUAUUACGACAGGACUAUAAAUCUCUUAGUGGUAUACCAAGAUUUAACUUAAAUGACCUACUCUCGUUAGAGCACCCAUUUACUGAGGACGAAUUAAAAAGUUUCGUUGAUGAGCUUCAGAAAACACUUAAUGCAUUCAAGAAAGAAUUCGGCAUCAAUGUGGAGACGGCUCGUGAAUAUAUUUCCACCUUCAUGAAAACUAUACAAGACCACACAAACGAAUCAGUACAGUUAAGCGUGGAAAUAGAUCUGGAUGGAAGUCAUGGGUAUGGCCCUGUAGACUACAUGGUGGUUAUCGUUAAAAUUUUGGUGCUGUUAUGUGAAGCAAAAGCGGAAAACAUGAAUAAAGGAACAGCUCAAGUUCUUGUGCAAAUGCACAGCGCAAUAGAACAACAAUUGGGUAAACGCAAGCACGGCCAAAUGGAACAAGCGAUGUUCGGAAUAGUUACAACUGGAAAGUUAUGGCGAUUUGUCCGUUGGACUGGGUUAUUGGAAGAACCGACAGUUCAUAUUUCUGAAGAGUACACUUGCAAUUUUAAGGGCAACAUGGAAUCCGAAAAGGAAGUGUUAAGAUAUAUCGCUCAAAUAUUACAAGCCCAAGCUAUGGCAUUCGGUGUUAAUUAUAAGGACAAUCGCCAUCCUUCAAAACGUCAAU